UGUUUCUUGUUUUUCGUCGUCAAUUCGUCAUUUAUCGUGUUUAUUACGAAUUUAAUCGAAAUAAUUAAAAUUGCUGUUUUCAUCAUCUUUUCUUGUGACCUGUUAAAUCUUAAUUAUCACACACGGGCUUAAUUUGCCCUAAAAGUCAUAGUUUAUCAGGUUUUGCAAUCAAACUUGAACUUGCCUUUUGUAGUUUCAGUUACAAGAAUAUUAUAAAUCUUAAUAAUGGCUGGUGAAGAGGAUGACAGUACAUGGUUGAUCGAAUUGGAGUCUGCUUUGCUGGAUGGCUGCUCAGCUCAACAAAUCAAUCUUUUAACCAAAGGCAAAAAGAUACCAGAGAGUUUACGUCCUGAUGUAUGGCUUCUUUGUCUAAAUUGUCAAGAUACUGGUAACCAAUUACUGUUGUUUGAUGAAAUAUUUGACCUAACAAACCAAAAUGAGCUUAGAGAUGAUGUGAAAAAGUUUGUAAAACGACUGGGAAAUGAUGAAGAUGACAAGUUGUCAGUGAUAUCGGAUAUCGAAUCAAUAAUCACAUUCUACUGUAAAUCUAAAUCUAUUUCCUACAGCUCAAAUAAUGGCUGGAUUGAGAUUUUAUUACCUCUUCUGAGUUUGAAGCUACCACAAUCCGACACAUACAACUUAUUUGAAAGGAUACUAAAAUUGUACAUUCCAAAAGGAUGCUUUAAAAAUGGUGUGCCAUUCCAUAUUCUACGUUUGAUACUGCAAUAUCAUGACCCAGAGUUGUGCUCCUUUUUAGAUACUAAACGUAUAACUCCAGAGUUAUAUUGCCUGCCUUGGUUAAGGUCUCUCUUUGCUGGCACUUGUAAUUUAGAAGUUGUGCUCUUUAUGUGGGAUUUGUACUUUCAAAGGUCAGACCCAUUUUUCAUCUUUUUCCUUUGUUUAAUUAUGAUAAUCAACGCUCGGGAACAGUUGCUGCAAAUGAAAAAUGAAGAUAAAUCUGAUAUCAUUGCCACUCUAAAAAAUAUGCCUGCUGACUUAGAAGCAAAUGAUGUUUCAGAUUUUUGUUCUUUGGCUCAUUACUAUUCAUUAAAAACCCCAUUAUCUUUUCGGGAUGAUGUGUUGGAAGUCUUGUUUUCUGAGACAGGUGUAGAAAUAAAUUCUAAGUUAUAUUCUCAAGCUUUGUGUCUUCCAGUUGCUGUCCAUGAGUUAAUUGAGAGUGCCACUGUAGAUGCUUCAGAUUUAGAUAGUGUUAAAUUUUUUUUGGUGGACUGUCGACCUGCAGAUCAGUACAAUUCUGGUCAUUUGUCAACUGCCUUUCACUUGGAUUGUAAUUUGAUGUUACAAGAGCCAAAUGCUUUCAAUACGGCAGUCCAAGGUUUAUUGAAUGCUCAAAGGCAGGCUUUGGCUGCAGGAUCGCUAGCAGCUGGUGAGCACCUAUGUUUUGUGGGUUCUGGUAGGUCUGAGGAAGAUAGCUAUGCACACAUGGUUGUAGCUUCUUUCUUGAAACGAAAUACCAAACAUGUGUCCAUGCUUGAUGGCGGUUUUGUAGCAAUACAUGACUACUUUGGGCCUCAUAUGACUGACUGUUUGGAGGAGCACAACCCUUCCACGUGUUUGGUUUGUGCCCCCAACAAUAAUAACGAAGGUCUCGAAGUUCGCCACACAAAGGUCAGAGAUAAUAUUCCAGCUAUUCAAUUGUUUGGCAAAUUGUCUACUGCUAUGAAAGCAAAGAGUCAAGAAGUCAAAGGUAAAUUGAUUGAAUACAUUGUCAAUCCAAAUUCUACCGUUAAUAACGGCGAAUGGCACGUGUCUGCUAACGACAAAAAGGAACAGAGGUACAGAAAUGUUCCUCCAGUGUUCAGUAUAAACGACGAAGAUGAUGAUUCACGACCCGACAGUAGAAAAGACUUGGACAGUGAGUCUCUAGAAGAGAUUGUGGAGGUUCAUUCUUAUCUAAAAGAACACAAUGUUGUUGAUAGCUUUGCUUGUCAAGAAGUAUUAGUAAACGGUUACAUGCACGACUCUCAUUUGAUCGUCACGGAGACGCAUUUGGUAGUGUUGCGUGACAUUCCUAACAAAAAGGGAACUGCAAAAGUAAUGUCAAGAAGGCCAUUAUCGACUAUUGUUAAAAUUACAGCUAAAAAGAGGCAUCCAGAGUUAAUAACUUUCAAAUAUGGCAUUCCAGAUGGAGAUAACCUUUUGAUCAAGGAUAUGGAUCGUUUUCUUAUUCCCAACGCGUCUAUUGCUACAAAAGUAGUUUCUAAUCAAAUAGUGCAGCAGUUAGAUAACAAGUUGCAAUAGUAUUUAGUCAGUAAAAACAGUUUUCAGUCAUUACAAUAAUUUAAAACCUCUUGAAAUGACAGUCGUUUCGCUCGAAAAUUAGGCUCCAAAAGUAGACGACCUUAGAAUGAAAAGGAAAUUGUAUGGAGAGAGCUAUGUCUAUUAAUUAAAUGAGUUUUUGUUAACACCUUAGAUUAAUAUAGUCUAAGGUUAACACACACUCGAUUAGCGAAUUUGCGGGUGAAUUUUAGUAUUUUUUCGAAGUAAUGGUGUGUAAGACGAGCCGAAUUUUUUUAUUGAUUCGUUUUGAGCAACGAAUGCUAUUUACUUCUUCAUCAAUUAAAAUCAUCGUGCUUUACCUAUUAACUAUUACCUGCUACCUAAGUGUCUCUGGAUGCCUUUUAGCUGAUAUUUUAGGUACAUCAUUAAUUACUACGCACGCUUUUUAACAAAAUCACUUGAAUUGAUUCUAUAUUAUUUUAUAGUUCUACCUUUGAUCAGAUUACCUUUAGUCAGUGCUCGUUAAUUAGUACCAAUUGGAAUGUAGUUGUUGGUCGUCCUAUAUUGAGUUGAGAUAAGCUUAGAUAAGAGUUUAGUGUUUGCUUGUUUAAACUGGUUGAUAAACCCAAAUGGAACCAGUUUCACUGCGACAGCGUGAAUGGGCUAAGUUAAGCGUAGGGCCAAUUUUUAAUUUAUACGCUAAUUUAAUUAAAUAAAAAUAACUGACGGAAAAUUUAUCGUUCACCAAAAACCGCUCAGGCGUGUCAAGACUAGGCGAGUUAGUUUAUUUUUUUUAUGAAAUAAACUGAUUAAGUAGGUAGGUAUUGACCUACUUGCGCUGUAGGUAUACAGGUAACCCAAUUAAAAAACUAAGAUAAAUACGUUUGUCAAUUCUAAAGUGCGUAACGCAUUUUUAUGUUUGUUUGCAAGUUCAAUUAAGUGACAAUUGCCAAUAAAAUAAAUGAAACAGUAUCUAAUGCGUGCCUUUUUCGGAAUUUGUUUCAUGAAUUAUAAACAUUUGUAUAAAAAGCCUUACCUUAGUUGUUUUUUGUAAUAAAGUUUACCUCUUGUGAAAUAUUUCAACAUUCCAGUGCAAAGUAUUAGGGAUAUUAUUAAUCGCACAUCAAAUAACUUAUCGUACAUCAAUUUAUUUUCAUCAAUUUAAAUAACUUUUACAUCAAAUAAAUUAUUUCAUUACAAAUAAACAAAUUGUUUAACAAAACUAGCACUUGAGGUAAUUAGUUUGCUGUGCAAUCAGUAUUUUUGCUUAGAAUUCGGAUUUUUUUAGUAUGCAAAAGGAUGAUUAUUUGACUUACAGUUAAAUACUACUCAAAGUAUUAUACAUAGCAUGGUGUAAAUCUCGGUCAAAUUAAUUGGAGUGAGAAUGACUUGGUCAUUGCACCUAUUAGGUAUUUAUAUUUUUUCCUUUAAUUUUUUGUUUAAACAAAUUUAGUAAUGUAGAUGUUGUAACCACAUUAUUUUGUUUAUUCACACUUACUUCGAUGUUGACUGAUAAGGAAAAAAUGUGCAAUAGAAGUUAAGUAUCAGAGAAAAUUAUAAAUACUUUAUUUUAUUGCUUAUUUUUGUGUAUCUGCCUACACUGUACUUAUUAGUGACCGUCUUUGUGAUUUAAAAUAAUGUAAGUAGUCAUUAAAUUUCUGUGUUAUUUAUUAUUAAGUGUUUUUGUAUGAAAUCCGUAAUAUCGAAAUCCAUGAUUUGAUACAUUUCAAUGAGAGUUUUCGCGAUUGAAAAAUCCGCCAGAUGGCAAUACGUAGACGCGAGGUCCAAAUGCUGCAUGAUUGGUUAUAUUUGACAUGACAUUGACAGAUAUGUCAAAAUCCACCAAUCACGCAGCAUUUGGACCUCGCGUCUACGUAUUGCCAUCUGGUGUAUUUUUCAAUCGCGAAAACCCUCAUUGUAAAAAUUGUAUUGUGAUAUAUUAUUGUUCCAUACUGUUAUGUUGAUUACCUAUAUUUCACAUUAGAUGCUUAGGCUCCUGUCUUAAGAGGCUAAAGUGCAGUUUCAAGACUAUGACACAGGUGACACUUUAUGCUCAUGCCGGCUGUAUGUCAGAGGCUUUACGUUGUAAAGAGAAAGAUAAAUAUAUUUUAUGUUUAAUUAACUAUUUACCCUUGAGCUUCGCGAGGAAUAGGCUUCUGAAAAUACAUUCAUCAUCAUACACAUAACUCACAUAUUUUGUGCAAUGUUACCUAACGAUUUUGUUCUAAAUGCCUACGCAAAAACACGACAAACCACUUAUUUAAGAUGAUGUUUAUUAGUGAAUAAAGUAGCCAUAGAGUGCACAUAGAUAAUGAUGAUGCUUGUUGCAUUUAUGAAAUACAGGGUGUGCAAGAAAACAGCUGAAUCUGUUGUGUAAAUUAUACCUACAUCUCUUUAACCUAAAUAUCUCUAUUUGAUUUUGAACCUUUAUUACUAAAGAAUAAAGUUGUAUGUUCAGAAUCUACUUGAGAAAUUCGUAAUUUGUAAAACUUCUCUUGCUAGUGUCCGUAACUCCUGUUUUCUUGAACACAUUGUAUGAUAGGAACUAGAAAAUUAUAACAUAUUUAAAUUUUUUAUAAAAUUUUGGUCAGCUAAUUCUUCCUACACUUCUACCGUGGAUUGAGUUCUUGAGGCAGUUUUCGGUGCAUGAAAAUGUCUUGGAUUUUCGUGCUGCAUUUUUCAGUGACCCUAGGCUAAAUUAACAUUUUGGCAGUGUCGAUUUAAUAAUACGAAUUUACUCAUAUUAGCAGCAUCGUAUGAUCGUAUCCUUAUGGUAGGUACAAAGCAGGAAUUCCAUAACAAUGUCUAUCAGACUACCUUAUCUAUACUCUCGUACCACGCAACUACCUCAGGAACUGAGCAAACCGGUUAAUGUCCUCUAUAUUUUAUCAGAUUGUAAUUAAGUACAUUAUUGUUGUUUCAAAUAAAAAUAUUUAUAUAU